GGAGAUGGUGCAGCAAGGAGGGCAGUCACUGGAUACAGAAAAGGAACUGAUCCCGUUCAACAGGAGGAGAAACGAAUUGAUUACACAUCAGGGGGUCCUGAUGUGGGGAUCUCGAGUGGUGGUACCAACCAAGCUUAGAGCAAGGGUGUUGGAAACCUUGCAUGAGGGCCAUCCCGGGAUGGUGAAAAUGAAGGGUUUAGCUCGGUCAUUCGUGUGGUGGCCGGGCAUAGAUGGAGACAUUGAAAGAGAGGUUCGACACUGUGUAGGAUGUCAAGAGAAUGCGAGGACACCUGGUAGAGGGCCGCUCCAUAGAUGGGAGUACCCAGCUAAACCUUGGCAGAGGCUGCACGUAGAUUUUGCAGGACCCCUCGACGGACAGAUGUAUCUUUUGGUCAUCGAUGCAUACAGCAAAUGGCCUGAAAUUUUUUCCAUGAGAAGCACCGUGGCUGAGGAGACAGUGGCAACUUUGCGGACAUUGUUUGCUCGGUUGGGCCUACCUGACCAAGUAAUAUCAGAUAACGGUCCACAGUUUACAUCAGAGUGUUUCAGAAUGUUCAUGUGCAAGAAUGGUAUUCGACAUGUCACGGGGGCACCAUAUCAUCCCGCGACGAAUGGUCAGGCGGAGCGUUUGGUGCAAUCAUUCAAGAGAGCCAUGAAAGCAGAGAAAAGGGAGAGAACAGCACAACACAAACUGGAUAGGUUUUUGCUUUCAUAUCGGAACUCCCCUCAGGCCACUACGGGACAGAGUCCGGCUCAGCUUUUGUUGGGUAGAAACAUCAAGUCAAGACUGGACUUGGUUAAACCAAGUGUGGAACGGGAAGUCAACAGCAAACUGAUACAAAACGAAUAUCGUCCGCCAAAGGGUUUUGCCAAAGGACAAGCGAUCUGGUUUAGAAAUUACCAUCUGGGCCCCAAGUGGCUUGUCGGAACCGUCGAGGACCAAACUGGACCGGUGUCCUACAGAGUGGCAACGCCUACCAGAACACACAGGUUACACGCGGACCAAAUGAGAUCAGGGCCACAUCCUGAGGGAGUCCCUAGCAAGGAUACAGGUUCAAAGACAGAAGAGGUAGCGUUGUCUCAGCCAUUACCAGGGCGAGAGCCAGUAACUGGGCAAGAGGGGGAAACACAGACACAACAAGAAAUGGACAGCAGACAGGAAGCUCCUAACGAAUGUCAGAUACCAGAGCCACCCACACCAGUACCAGAAGGAGGAAAUGCCACAUGUACCAGGUCAGGGCGGAGAGUACUACCACCCGCUCGCUUGGCAGAAUAUGUUACGGACUAUGCAAAGUGAUUGGUUGUUUUAGCACUAGUUUUAGCGCUGUUGGGUUGCGUUGUUUCAGAAUAGCACAGGGGGUGUAGAGUAGUGGCCCGGCAUAUCCGGGGAACAGCAGUUGUGUAGCCGGGUACUGUACUUGUGCAACGGACGUGAGACUGGAAGUCUAACAGAGUAUUACCGUGAGUA